AUGUUUGAAGUUCACGUUAAAACACUCGAUGGUGAAUCCAAAACCUUCCAAAUCGAAGACGACGAUUUCACAGUAGCCGCCUUCAAGCAAAGGAUCACAGAAGAGAUGAAUAUCCCAAUUGAAAGGCAGCGAUUGAUCUUUCAAGGAAAGGUUCUUAUCGAUGACAGAAAAUUGAAAGAUUGUGGUGUUGCGUCAAACACUAUCCACUUGGUCCCUAGACCUCCACCCCGACUAAAUACCGAUGCGACCGCCUCAUCUUCAGGUCCAAGUGGCUCUCACCAGCAGCAACAGCCUCCCUUUAAUCCGUCAAACUUCAUGAAUUUCCGACAAACCAUGAAUUCCCUUUUUUCAUCUGGGACAAACUUUUCUCCUGCUGGGAACACUUCUUCAAUGCAAACAGAUGGCGGCGGUAACAUUGACAUUGAAGUAAACAUUUCCUUCGGAGAAAUGUGCAACAAUCACUUCCGACAGCUCCAACGCCAAACGACGCAGUUAUUGAAUGCACUGGAUGGUGUCAGACCCUCUGUCUCGACCACAUCAGCUCCAUCUACCAACGUCGAUGAUCGCGCUACUGCUCCCACCGCUGCUUCGGAGAGUGCUCAAUCAAGUUCAAGUUCGACGUCACAGCAAACGACUUCACCGCUAAAUUUUCAGCGUCUUGCAGACAUGCUGGCUGAACAAAGACAGCUGUGGCAAAGACUAGAGCCUCAUAUGGACCGGUGGGAAGCGAUGUUGCGAAGUGAACACGAACUUCGAACAAGGGCUUCGACCCAUGGGGGAGGCGAGGAAUGUAACUCCGAUGUUGCUGCUCCUGAUGCUGAUGCGGCUUCCAAUACUGCUGGUGCUGACGAUAUCGAGUCGGCAACCACACCUAUGGCGCAAGAGCAGGAGCCUAUGGAUACUUCUGAGUCCUCCACAAACGUUGACUGGUCUCAGGGGUUUUUCAAUCAAGUCAGUGCUCUUCUCCAUCUUCACGCCCACAUGCUUCAUCUCCUCUCCGACUUCUAUGUCAUUUCGACCAGUCCACCGACUGAUCAGCCGACCACUGGUUCAUCUGACGUCUCUGCAUCUUCACCAUCGCCUGCACCUUUAGCUGAAGCUCAAACGGCCUCCGCUCCCACAACUAGACCUCAUCAUAGUCGCUCUCUCGUCAUUAACGAGCCAGACUCGUCCAUUCUCUAUGCGCAUAUCAACAUUGAACCGACGGUGGUCACCAUAGCUAGACCGGUGGUCAGCCUCUCGCGCGGGGACACUGAGGAGCCUCGAGGACGAAGAAGUCAGUCAGCCAAUCCACCCUCUUCUGCCCCAUCUGGUGCUGAUGAACGUACACCUGUGGCCCGUUCAGGAACCGAAGCUCCAAGUGGCGGUAUGAGCAUCCCGACCGCUGUGGUGAUUGAAACACCGGUAGGACGCACGGCUCAGGCUGCUAUACUUGAUCACCUUAUCGAUUCCAUAUCGUCUCGUGCUGUAUCACACCCAAGAACGCCCCAGCAGCAGCAGCAGCAGCAGCAGCAGCAAGGAGAAGGGCAGACAGCAGCCCCAAUGGGGUCACAGUCACGUGUUCGGAAUACCGCGUCUUCGGGAAAUUCUCAGCGUUCCCCCGCUUCCGUUCUCACUGGCCUCCUACCGAGUCGUCAUGGCGAUACCUUCCUGCCAUGCAACUCGCGCCACUUCUCUGGAACUCCAGCUAGCGCUUCCCACGUCCCCGUCCGUCGCAGACGCUCUUACGUUGGUCCUACAUCGAGAGAUGGGGCCUCAACACCUCGCAGACAAUCCCUCGGUACUGCGUCCCGCCGGGGUCGAUCGGCUGGCGCUCAAAUCGGUACGAACUCAACAGCUAGCGCCUCAGCUCCUUCAUCCACCACGUCUGCUAACACACCGCGGAGGUGGCUCACGCUUUAUCAUCAUUACUUACGUUAUUCACAUCCACCCAUGCAGCCACCUUACCCCAAUUUCCUACGUUCGAUGGCCUCCGCAGUUAGCUCCGGUGGCGUUAAUGCGGAACUUUUCAACAGGGCUAUUGGCGAUGUGACCAAUCAGUUGACGCAGCUAGUGGCCCAUGGCAUUGGUUCGGGCUUCGGUGCGGCUACCGCUUCUACCACCUCCGGCUCCACCACGGUCGGACCCUUCACCUGGAUAAUUAAUAACCCUCAAAAUGGAGGUGUCCAGUUCAUUCCACCACCCCAAUUCUUCUUUCACACGACGACCGGCGGUAAUGCAUCACCAUCAGAAUCGGGUUUCCGUCUUACCAUGCUUCCUGGCCUCCUGAUUGACAGUCUCAUUCGAUCCAUGUGGUCCUUCAUUAUCGAGCUGGCGCGAGGUCAACUUUCACCGGAGUCAUUGCCAAACGUGGAUCUAGACGGUUGGAGAAACGGUAACAACUUCCCCUUCAUCAACCGCAGCGAUGAAAUCUCACGCAUUCGCUCGAUGUUGGUGGCCUUAGUCGACAGUUUACAUUUUGCCGCGUCCGAAAGGCAGGAGGAUGGCUCAAACUCUGUACUCCGCCAUGCUGUGGACCGCGUGAAUCCUCAUGUGCAGCGUAUGCUUGAGCGCAACCUCGAUCCGCAAAGCUUUAAUGUGCGUCCUGAAUUGGUCGAUCUCCUGCUCAAUGGUCACGCCACUGACGAGGCUGUUGACAACAUUCCGGAGCGCGAUAUUGUGGCGUGGGGAACGUCGCUUGCGGUGCCUCUUGGUGUGGCGCCUCUAGAUUUGCGUAGGAGUUUGCACAACUUUUUGACGGACAGCUUGUCACGUCAGCUCCCUCUGUGGCGCGACAUCGGAUCUCACGGUGUCCUCGGCACCAUCAUGACGAACUCGUUAAACGCCAUCAUGUUGGACUUAUUCGGCUUCUGUGACCUCCUCGUACAACGGGCCGUUGAACGUUUAGGCCUCCGACUGGAUUCUACCGCUGCAUCAGGUUCUGCUGAAGCCGAGGGAGCUGACAGAGUGGCGACUUUCGGCCAUGCCAUGUCCUUUGAACCCAUGUUAUCUAUGUUGAGGGAUUUUACUAGCUCGUUGCGUGAGGAUGGCAGAGAACGUGAAGCUAUGAAUUUGAUCCAGCGAGGUUUGGAUGCCGUCAUGAGAGAGUACUUGGAAAAUGGGGUGGCUCGUUUCGUCGAAAAUCGUGAACGGAUGCAGUCUUACCUCGUCACCAGGCCACUGCCUGCCUCAUCCACUAUUUCUCCCCCUCCUUCUGAAGCUUCAUGUGCAAAGGUUGAUGUUGCAGACGAUUCAGACGUCUCAGAGGUUUACAUGGACGCCAGUGAGGAUGCUCCGCUGGGUUCUCCUUCAACUGCCACUGCCGCCACUGUGUCGAACGACGCCGCUACCAGGGCUGCGAGAGCCGAAGCCAUUGGCUCGGCGGCGCUGCCUGAGUGGGACACAGAUUCGGCGAGUUUACCAACUGAUCCGCUGGCACCGAACCCGGAUAGCGAGUGGCUUGCAUCCUCAGAUGAAUACUCUCCACUACCGUCCACUCCCGCCUCCUUCCCACCUGAGUGGACCACACUUGUAGCCUCCGAUGUGACUCAAAUGGCGGUGGCCUCCUCCGCCGCUGCCGCUGGUAGUGGGGAAGCAGAGGAAGCGACAUCGGAAGGUGACGAUGCAUCACCUGCUGUGCGACGUCUCUCCGACGCCUAUAUUGCUGGCAUGCCGAGCAAGCGUCGACGGGUGAUGUUGGAAAGGAAGCAGAGCUUGGCCUGUCCAGCCAAUCAGCUCUUCAUGACCCUCCUCAAGGAGGCGAUGUCGCUUGCACCACCUCCAGCAUCCCCGGCAAUAUCGACAGCUGAGAUGGCUGCGGCGACAACGGCGCCUUCAACGGCAGCAGCAACGGUGGGUGACAGCGAAGGGCCAGAAUUGAGGCAGCCACCACCACAACACGUCUCCGAGGCUUUCAGGGCCUACGUGUGCGAGCAGCUCUCACGUCGUAUCGCCACCGACCCCGACUUUGACGCACAGCGACACCCCGCGGCUAAAGAGGCCUUUGUGAUCGCAGCAUACGAGUUUACGAAGAAGACUUCCGAAAUCGAGGAGGCAGUGCAAGUUGGAUAUUCUAAGAUGUGCAGGCCAUUCCGGAAUGGUGCGGUUGUGCCGACAUCGUCUCCUCUGAAGCUGCUUUCCAGGUACCAGGCAGAUGGGCAAGUACCCUUAAGAACGGCUAUUGGUGUACUUAAUAUGCUCUCGGGAGAACACCAUCGAACCCGUAGCACCACAUCUUAA